AUGAACGACCACGACAUGAGGCCUUACACCUUCAGGACACAUCUUUGGCACCUUUCUACUGAGACAAAAUUUAGGGAUUUCACAGAGGAGGAAGCCGAUGUGUCCUCAGCCAUUUGUCCAAGGCCUCUUACUUCACAAGUCCUUCUUUGCCCAUUACACCGCACUGAGCCUCUACAGCACCCUUACAGCGAGGCAUCCUUUGAAGACUGGCUAACAGUUCGACUAGUGGCUGGGUCCAGAAGGUGUUCUGGACGUCUGGAAGUUUACUUUGAAAGAAGUUGGGGAACAGUGUGUGAUGACUUCUGGGAUCUGAAGGAAGCCCAGGUGGUGUGCAGACAGCUUGGAUGUGGACAGGCUGUCUCAGCCCCCGGCAGAGCCCAUUUUGGCCAGGCCUCUGGCCAGAUUCUUCUGAAUGACGUGUACUGUUCUGGAGGUGAAAACUACCUAGGGCAGUGCUCCCAUGCAGGCUGGUUUGUGCACAAUUGUGGGCACAAUGAAGAUGCUGGUGUGAUUUGUUCAGAUUGGCCCCAAUUGCAGUUAGUGAACGGGUCAGACAGAUGUUGUGGAUGUGUCAAAGUUUACUACCAUGGCCAGUGGGGCAGCGUGUGUGAUGAUCACUGGGACAUGAAUGAAGCCGAUGUGGUUUGCAGGCAGCUAGGAUGUGGGCGAGCCAUUGCUGCCCCCACUGAGGCCUGGUUUGGUGAAGGCUCAGGAGAAAUUCUUUUGGAUGAUGUGGAGUGUACGGGAAGAGAAAGUGAUCUGGGGCAAUGUUCCCAUGCAGACUGGUUCAUACAUAACUGUGGUCAUGGAGAAGAUGCCAGUGUUAUCUGUUCAGCCCUAUCUAUUGAAGAUUCAGCUCAUGCAUCACCAGGAGUCAUUGAUACAAAUAUGCCUUCAGAUUCAAAUCCUCCACCACCAGGAAUUGUUGAUAAGUCAGUUCCAGGUUCAGACAAGCCUCUAGUGAGACUAGUAAAUGGGACAGGAAGAUGUUCAGGUCAGGUGGAAGUUUACUACCAAGGAACCUGGGGGACGAUAUGUGAUGACCACUGGGAGCUGAAGGAAGCAGGUGUGGUGUGCAGGCAGCUCGGCUGUGGACAGGCUCUUUCUGCCCGCUAUGGAGCCCACUUUGGCUCAGGCUCAGGGAAAAUUCUCCUGAACAAUGUGCAGUGCAGUGGAGAGGAAAGCCACCUGGCUCAGUGCUCACAUGAUGGCUGGUUUACCCACGACUGUGCUCACAAAGAAGAUGCCAGUGUCAUCUGUGCAGAUGAUAAGAAUCCAGCAACUAUUUUAUCAGCAUUACCUGCUGCCAUCUCAACACCUCCAUCACUUGUACCCAGUGACCACUCCAUUGCCCAAUUAAGUCGGGUGGAAGUUUACUACCAAGGAACCUGGGGUACAGUGUGUGAUGACCACUGGGAACUGAAGGAAGCAGGUGUGGUGUGCAGGCAGCUCGGCUGUGGACAGGCUCUUUCUGCUCCUCAUGGGGCCCACUUUGGCCCAGGCUCAGGGAAAAUUCUCCUGGACAAUGUGCAGUGCAGUGGAGAGGAAAGCCACCUGGCCCAGUGCUCCCAUGAUGACUGGUUCACCCACAACUGUGGUCACAAAGAAGAUGCCAGUGUCGUCUGUGCAGUUGCUGACUCCCCGGAACCUGCAACAGCCAUAGCCAUGGAACCCCUGAUGCAGUUAUCAGAUGAGUCUAUAUCAGUGAGGCUUGUGAAUGGAUCUGGAAGAUGUUCAGGACGUGUUGAAGUUCACUACCAAGGAACCUGGGGGACUGUGUGUGAUGACCUCUGGGACAGGAAAGGAGCUGAUGUAGUGUGCAGGCAGCUGAAGUGUGGCCAGUCCAUUUCAGCCUUGGGAGGGGCCCACUUUGGAGCAGGCUCAGGAAAAAUCCUUCUGGAUAAUGUGCAGUGCACAGGGAAAGAGAGUCAUCUGGGGCAGUGCGCCCAUGUGGGCUGGGAUGCACACAACUGUGGGCACCAGGAAGAUGCCGGAGUCAUCUGCUCAGAUGCUAAGGAUCCAGCAGUUCCCACAUCAUCCCCAAGACCCCAAGAUGUUUCUUUAACACACGUGGGACCAGGAGAAUGGGCACCAGUGCGGCUAGUAGGAGGUAGUGGAAGAUGUUUGGGAAGAGUUGAAGUUUAUUACCAAGGAGAAUGGGGGACUGUGUGUGAUGAUCUCUGGGAUAUGAAACAAGCAAAUAUUGUGUGCAGGCAACUAGGAUGUGGCUGGGCCAUUUCAGCCCCAAGCGAGGCCCAUUUUGGGCAAGGAUCUGGGAAAAUUCAUCUGGACAAUGUGCACUGUAAGGGAGAUGAAAAUUAUCUCGAACAGUGUUCCCAUGCAGGCUGGCUUUCCCACAACUGUGGCCAUGGAGAAGAUGCCAGUGUCAUCUGUUCAGAUGCUGAAAAUUCAUCAGUUGUCCUAGCAGGAAAAUCUUCCUGUGGUGGCAUUGUCUCAAAUACAUCUGGGGCAAUUAGAAACCCUCCUCAAAAUGAAAUGCACAACAACAUAACAUGCAUUUGGGAAAUAAAGGCCAAUUCACCUGAUCACAUAAUGCUGGCAUUUCCUUAUCUUAACCUGGACUGCACUAAUGAAUAUUUUGAAAUCCUGGAUGGAGAUCGAUUUUCUUCUUCCCUGGGGAGGAUUUGUAAUGGGAUCUAUCUCAAAUUCUCUUCUUCUUCUAACUCAAUGACGCUUGUGUACUACCGCGGUAACAACAACAUAGGAAAGAACUUUGUUGCUUAUUAUUAUUCUGUGGCGAAAGAAACUGUUUCCAAGACACCAUUUGUAAUAAGAGACUGGCCAGAACUGAAGCUAGCUGGUGGUCCUGGGAGAUGUGCAGGAAGAGUUGAAGUCCUUUACCAAGGAAACUGGGGUACCGUCUGUGAUGACCUGUGGGAUCUUAACGAAGCAGAGGUGGUAUGCAGACAGCUCAAGUGUGGACAGGCUGUCUCUGCCCCAAGAAAGGCUCAUUUUGGCCCAGGCUCAGGCGAAAUUCUCCUGGACAACAUGCAGUGUGCAGGAGUUGAACGUUACCUUGGGCAAUGCUCCCACUCUGGUUGGUCUGAACACAAUUGUGGUCACCAUGAAGAUGCCAGUGUUAUCUGCUCAGAAGACUGGCCACAACUGCGACUGGUGGGUGGUUCAGGACGAUGUGCAGGACGAGUGGAAGUCCACUAUAAAGAGGUCUGGGGCACAGUGUGUGACGACCUGUGGGAUCUAAAUGAGGCCGAGGUGGUAUGCAGGCAGCUGGGGUGUGGACAGGCUGUGUUAGCCCCUGGAGAAGCGUACUUCGGCCCAGGCUCGGGAAACAUCCUCUUGGACAAUAUGCAGUGUGCUGGGACUGAAGGCUAUCUCGGCCAAUGCUCCCACUCUGGAUGGUCCAACCACAACUGUGGCCAUCAUGAAGAUGCUGGCGUCAUCUGUUCAGGUAAAUCUACAUUGCUGCGUUUCUUUCUUUUGCCUUUAGGAGAAAGUAAUUCUUGUGGUGGUGUCAUUUCAAGUCUUUCUGGCUCCUUUUCUAGUCCUCGGUAUCCUGAAAAUUAUCCUACAGACAUACAAUGUGUCUGGGAGAUACACGUAGAUAGGAAAUUCCAUAUUGAACUCGUGAUUCCAGAUUUGAAAUUGGAAGACAUCUAUGGCUGUCCUUACGAUUUCAUUGAAAUAUUUGAUGGGCCACAAGUGGCCUCUCUGUCCGUGGGGAGAUUCUGUUCAUCUGUGGCAUUCACCUUUUUCUCUUCUUCAAACAUCAUGACGGUUGUGUUCAGAAGCGACUCUAUGAUCACCAACACAGGCUUUUAUGUGAUGUACAAUGCUGAUAGGCAAAAUGAGCAGGAAACAGAUGAAGGAAUGGAGCUGCGCCUUGUUGGUGGUUCUGGGAGAUGUGCAGGAAGAGUUGAGGUUCAUUACCAGGGUACCUGGGGCACGGUGUGUGAUGACCUAUGGGAUCUGAAGGAAGGAGAAGUGGUAUGCAGGCAGCUCAAGUGUGGAAAAGCCAUUUCAGCCCCUGGGGAAGCUCACUUUGGACCGGGCUCAGGAAGCAUUCUCUUGGACAACAUACAAUGUGCAGGAAAUGAGAACUAUCUUGGACAGUGUGCCCACUCUGGCUGGUCUCAGCACAACUGUGGUCAUAAUGAAGAUGCUGGAGUUAUCUGUUCAGAUGCUGAAAAUUUGAUGCCAGGUGUGAUUCCUACACCUCCAGUAAAACCUGACUUCCUUUUUCCUCUUUUUGUAGGAGGAAGUAACUCUUGUGGUGGAGACAUCUCAAAGCUUUUUGGUUCAUUUACUAGCCCCCGGUAUCCUAAACACUAUCCCACAGAUAUAGAAUGUGUGUGGGUCAUACAUGUGAAGGAGAAAUUCCGCAUAGAACUUCAGGUCCCCAGCCUGAAGUAA